AUGACGGAUGUCACGCUGCUUCUGGUCGGUGCAGUUUUCGCGAUUAGCUCAAUUACGAUGUUCGCUCUCCAACGGGAAAAACGAGACAUCAUGUUGGAACGACUUUGCUUGAAACAACGAAGGCACUCUGACCUUAAAACACCCUCUGGGUCGUUUUCAUUAGCACAACGUAGAUCUCACGAUGUCCCAGGACUCGACUGCUCGACUACAUUUCCACCCUCAAGGCGAUAUGUGUUGGAUGGAGCAGAGAAUACUUUGCAGCAGAAUAUGGAGCGCAUUCUUCCUCUGGAAACAUCGUAUCACGAUGCCACUGAUGAUCUGCGUACGCCGUGUGGUUUCUCCAUCGCAGACAUCAAAGCGCUCGGUGAUUUUCCCGACUAUGCCGCCUUCAGUGGUGUUCCCCUUCCUAAGCCUUAUCAUGAAUUCAAUAUCAAGAAAGCGCUUCCAAGGCCUUACAGACCUUUCCGGUGGCCAUAUCACCAGACAAUGUCACUUGCGAAGAUGGAAUCCGACUGGUGGCUAGAGCUUGAAAAUACCUACGAGCAGCGAAUAAAGCAGCGAUCCCGGCUUUUAGCUAAACACGGCGAUGCAGUCUUACAGACACUACCAGGCUCCGAACUCGCUUGCAAAGAAUUGAUGGAGAUGAUAUUGCAGUUCUUAUGCGCGCGUUAUCCUCAUUACUUCUCACUGAACAUAAGCAAGACUGUCCUCCUCAACACCAUCUUGAACACAGAAACGGACCUCAAGCAGACUCCACCACUACAUGUGAUUUUGCAGAACGUUCCUGAGGAUUUUGCCGUUAUGCUGCGCGACGAGACAACCGGAUGUUACAAGUUUCGCGCCGGCGUCAUUUGUAGCGCAUUAGGAUGGGACGUAGGUACUAAGAUUGGUCUCCAGCUGCACGAGAUUCACGCCCCAGUUCCGGAUUACAAAGAGAAAUUGCAGUUUUCUAUGGAUAGAUACUUUGCCAAGAAGCCCACCGACAAGCCUAUACAACGCGGCUCCUGGGGACUGGAGGUUGACCAACCACUUUUCAUGCCUCCCGGCGACUCACAUGGAGACUACCGGGGCUAUCAGAUGCCGGAUCUGGAGCUCUCUCGGUGCCACCUACGCGUAGACUGGCAGACCUUGCGUCGCCUCCCACUAUCGGGUGCUAUUGUAUUCAACUUUAAAGCCCUCUUCACGUCGUUGAAAGAGCUUAGAGAUGAGCCAUUCGUGCCAGGCCUGCUUCUGAAGGUGCUAAAUGAUGGCGGGAGGAACUUGAUGCAAUACAAAAACACAUGGCAUACAGAGCAUGUGGUCAAGCCAGCUCUGCAGAGGUUUCACGAGGAGCAAGUAGAAAAAGGGAUGGUGGAGGAGGGGUGGGAACCGAAGACACUAGAUGAGAGUCCAUGGUUCCCAGCAUGGGAGGAAAAGUGGCACCGUCAGCAAGGCUUUUGA